AUGGAGGCUGUUCCCUGGGGCAGACUGUGCACGGCCCUGGCUCUCGCGGUGGGGGUCGUGUUCGUGUCCCAUGGGGGGUCCCUGCAGAUCGGUGACAUGGACCCGCUGUACCCACUGGACGACUCUUUGUGGCUCCAGAGCGCGCGUUGGGGCCCCGCACUGUGCCUCUGUGCCGUGGGUGCGCUCUUGCUGCUGGGAUGGCUGUACCGCAUGCUCCUCUGCCCGCUGGAGCUGCUCAGGCGCCCGGACCAGGUGGGGUACGUGGUGGCCGAGGGUCGCUCCAGAGCCCAGGCCGUGAACGAGGUGCGCAGGCGGAGGAAGACCGGGGAGCUGCCGCCGGUGUUUCCCAACGGGUGGUACCGCGUCCUGGACUCGCACCUGCUGCAGCGCGGGGACGUGCGCAGCCUCACGGUGCUCGGUCAACAGGUGGCAGUGUUCCGCGGGCAGGAGGGGAAAGCCUACGUACUGGACGCCUACUGCCCACACCUGGGGGCCAACUUGGCGGUGGGGGGCCGGGUGGUGGGGGACUGCCUGGAGUGCCCCUUCCACGGAUGGCAGUUUGAGGGGAGCAGUGGAAAGUGCUCCAGGAUCCCGUACGCUCAAAAAGUACCGGAAUUUGCCAGAGUGGGGCGCUGGCACAGUGUGGAGGUGAACGGUCAGAUCUACGUGUGGUUCCAUUGUGACGGAGAGGAGCCACAGUGGGAGGUCCCGGAGCAGGAGGAGAUCAGCCGAGGGGAGUGGGUGUACAGGGGCCGCACGGAGCACUACGUCAGCGCGCACAUACAAGAGAUCCCCGAGAACGCCGCAGACAUCGCUCACCUGGGUCACCUGCACCAGCCUGGGAUGAUCGCCGGAGUGGAUCUACGCCACACCAAGAACAAAGCCUGGGACUUUAUGCAGCACGACUGGAAGGCGGAGUGGCACCCAGAGCCCGAGCCUCACUCUCACUGCUCUCAGAUGCUGGUGAAGCACGCCCUGCAUCUGUUCGGACUUCACUGGUCUCUGCUGGACGUGAGCGUGGUGGCUCGCCAGGUGGGCCCUGGUGUGGUGUUCAUCCGCUUCGACCACCGCUUCCUGGGGUCAGGGGUCAUCAUGCACUGCGUCACGCCGCUGGAGCCUCUGCUGCAGCUGGUCUCUCACACCAUCUUCUACCAGCGCACAGUCCCAGCUCCUGUCCCCAAGUUCAUCCUCCUGUCAGAGUGCAUACAGUUUGAACGUGACGUAAUGGUGUGGAACAACAAGAGGUACAACCCAAACCCGAUGUUGGUGAAGGAGGACAGCGCCAUCCAGAGGCACCGGCGCUGGUUCAGUCAGUUCUACAGCCCCAACAGCCCACGGCUCCAGUACCAGAGGGACGACAUGGACUUCUGA